GAUUUUGCGGGAAAAACAACCACCUAGCGGUUAAGGCUGAUAAAUGCUCUUCUUUCACGUGAGUUCACCAUCUACCGCCUCUAAAUGGUUUGCGCUGCAUGCUCCUUUUCCGGUUAGGUCUUAACGUGCGAAAGCGGCUGCACCAUGAAGCAGAUUGUUACCAAUCAAACAGUCAAAAUCCCGGAAGGGUUGACCGUUUCAGUCAAAUCUCGACUGGUAACGGUUAAAGGACCACGAGGAGUCUUGAAGAGGGCUUUCAAACAUCUUGCUCUUGAUAUUCGUAUGGUCAGCCCUAGGCUGUUGAGAGUAGAAAAAUGGUUUGGUACCAAAAAGGAAUUAGCAGCCGUUCGCACAGUAUGCUCUCACAUCGAAAACAUGUUAAAGGGCGUGACGAAGGGAUAUCAAUACAAGAUGCGAGCUGUAUAUGCCCAUUUCCCCAUUAAUUGUGUCACUACUGAGAACAAUUCAGUAAUUGAAAUCCGUAACUUUUUGGGAGAAAAAUUCAUCCGAAGAGUUAAGAUGGCAUCCGGAGUCACCGUCACGAAUUCCACUAAACAGAAGGAUGAGCUAAUCCUUGAAGGAAACUCCCUUGAAGAUGUAUCGCGAUCAGCUGCUUUGAUUCAACAGUCGACGACAGUGAAAAACAAGGAUAUCAGAAAGUUCUUGGAUGGUUUGUAUGUAUCUGAAAAAACCACAGUUGUACAAGCCGACGAAUAAACAUUUUGUGCAGUUUUGAAA